AUGCGCCAGAUCACACGCAAGACGCUCUUGUACACCGAGAUAGUCGUCGAUCAGACGCAUCUGCUCCAGAAGGACAACCUGGACUACUUUCUCGGUCAUGACGACAUUGACCCCCCGCUAGCGCUGCAGCUCGGCGGCAACGAUGUCUAG